CUUCUGUCAGUCAAUGGAUGCUCUUGCGAGUAUCGAUGUCUACUGUUGGCCUCUCAACCUCUCUUUUCCUGGUGGUACGAGAUCGAGAUAAUCUCGUGGCACGGAACGUACAGAUGAAGCGCUGGCUUAUUGUCCGGAAAUUGAAAGCAUCGAGAGAUAUCUCCAGGCAUGUCGUCAUGAUUUUACCAGUCUCCAGACACGGCAUUUAUCUUGGUAACAGGUAAGGACGACGGUACGAUCCUCGUCGGAACAGAUUGUAUACCUCCAACAAACACAUAAAUAAGUCUCCAAAGCAUCUCGGAAUUGCCAUUAUUUGACUCUUGCUUGUCAUCAAGCUUGCAUUUCUCACGUUCCCACUAGCAUUUGAUUCUCUCAAAUCCGAAGUCUCUGUGAGGAACAGCCACCACCGUGAGAUGAACCUCGGGAGUGCUCUCUAGCACAUUGGCCGCAGAGACGGAUACUAUAAUGAGCUACUGGAUCGGGGUCUACCCAUGACGGAGACGUCGAGCUCUGGUACACAUGCAGCAGAAGUGCAUGCAUGGCGCUUCCCAACGCGUGAGGCUCCCUUGCACUGUACCGAGGCGGAUUUCCGUUGGUAGGUACUGGAUAGAUGCUCGUUAGCUACACCAAACAAUAACUGAUGGGUCACGUUAAAAGUUCAUGUCGGUCUUGCUUUCAAGCGUGAGCGUGAGGCUGGGCCAUUCUUUGUGGAGCGCAAUCGGCACUUAAAAAAGCAAUUGUUUGGAAGAUGGACCAAAUAGCGAGGCGCGAGUUUGCGUCGAGUAGUCCUCUGGGUGAGUCGAUGCAACCUGAUGUGGACUGUUGAAAUUUCUGGCUCUGUACCUCUUUCGCGAAGGGAAAAGAGUUCGGAAGGUGGGGGCCCAUUGUGUGCUGGUGUAUCAAGGGGGCGAGAAUUUGUGCUUUUCAAUCUUUCAUCGGUCUUGUUCAAAUUCCGAGGAGACGUUUGGAUCGAAGAGAAGAACGUUGGGACUUCUGAGGGAUAACGCAUAUUCGUCCUUAUAUUAUCUCGGAUAAUUUUAUAUUCACAGGAAAAGUUCUGAUUGGAUGUGUGUGACCUGUCACGCGUCCUCCGAAGUCUUUUGAGCUGCGAGGACGACAGGGAACCGUAGUGUAGAAUACCGAUUUCAGCUCUGCGCUGUCUCGAGGCUGAUACUUGCCUGCACCUAAGAGAGAUACUUGGUGAUUGCAUCGGGAGGGUUCGGGCUCGGUUGAUUUCGGAUUGAGUUGGAGAAGGUCGCGAUUGUCCAGUAAGCUUCUGACGAUAAGAAUAGAGGAAGUAGUUGUCCAUCGUAUUUCUUUUUAUGGAGGGUGAAAGCUGGGAGCAUUGGAGAUAACUAACCUGUGCCUGAACUGAGAUUCUUCGCUAGUUUGUAGAUAUACUUUGAAUUGCGAAAAGCCAAGACAGAUGUUCGGUGUGGAAGAUGACGAGCUCAGAAUUUGAAGCCUGUGGGCCGUGCUGACCUCCGAAAUUGCAGAAAUUGUUGGGAGGUCUAGUGGAGAAGCUGCGGGAGGUUGGUCAUUCUUACGGCCGGAGACGAACACUAGCAAGAUCUUUGUAAGAAGUGGUAAGGAAGGAGCACUCGUGUAUAUAAGAAGGUUCAGGAACUUCAGAGGUUUUUUCAGGAGAAUUCUUCUAUUAUUCGGGUGAAAAGAAGGUGGACAGGGAAUUGCAAUGGGGACCGAGGAUGAUGUCAUAUAUCUGGGCUUUGACAGUUCCACACAGUCGUUGAAGGUGACAGCUCUCGAUGCGAAAUUGAAAAUCGUGGCGUUUGAAAAUGUGCACUUCGAUUCGGAAUUGCCACAUUAUGAGACCAAGGAUGGUGUUCAUCGAAACAGGGGUGGUAUUGGGAGGAUCACGGGUCCUGUGCUCAUGUGGGUUGAGGCAUUGCAGACCGGCCUGGACAAAUUGAAGAAAAAUGGCUUUCCUUUUCAUAAAGUGGUGGCGGUCUCAGGGAGUGGCCAACAGCAUGGCAGUGUUUACUGGAAAAUAGGCAGCAGUGAGGUUUUGAGGCGCUUAGAUGCAUCACAGACAUUGGUGUCGCAACUGAAGGACGUUUUUUCCACAAACGAUUCACCCGUUUGGAUGGACAGCAGCUCAUCCAAACAAUGCGAGGAAAUCGAAGAGGCUCUCGGGGGCCCUCAAGCUCUGUGUGAUCUUACCGGUUCUCGAGCACACGAAAGGUUUACCGGUCCGCAGAUUCGUAAACUUUAUCAGACACAGGAGGAUGUCUACAACACCACAGAAAGAAUCUCAUUAGUCAGCUCCUUCAUGGCAUCCCUUCUCGUGGGGAAUUAUGCGAGCAUCGACCACGCGGAUGGAGCUGGGAUGAAUCUGAUGGAUCUCAAAGAGAGAACUUGGUCUGAUGCAGCUCUUGAGGCUACGGCACCUAACCUGAAGGAGAAGUUGGGAAACUUAGCACCAUCACAUGGAUUAGCGGGCAAGAUUCACUCGUACUUUGUAAACAGAUAUGGUUUUAGUCCAGAAUGUGUAGGAAUCAACUGGUCUGGAGAUAAUCCAUGUAGCCUUGCAGGACUGGCGAUAGAGAAGCCCGGUGAUCUGGGCAUAAGCUUGGGUACUAGCGAUACUGUUUUCGGUGUAUCUACAGAUCCAAAGCCUGGAGUCGAUGGGCAUAUAUUCCCAAAUCCUGUGGAUCCAAACUCGUAUAUGUGUAUGCUGUGUUACAAAAAUGGCUCUCUUACUCGCCAAGAGGUGCGUGACAAAUGUGCUGGGAAGUCAUGGGACACCUUCAACCGACUUCUGGACGAAACUUCUCCUUUGAACGGAGGAAAAAUUGGAUUCUACUAUUCAGAACCAGAAAUUUUGCCUCCAUUACCUGCUGGUAGGCAUCGCUUCGACUUGAAGGAGAACAGCGGAUCAGCUGUAGUCCAUGUGGACUCUUUUGAUGACCCCACUGAGGUCAGAGCCAUUGUAGAAGGCCAGUUCAUGGCAAUGAGGAGCCAUGCUAAGAAUUUUGGUAUGCCUGAUCCCGAGCGUGUGAUUGCAACGGGAGGAGCCUCAGCCAAUCAUCAUCUAUUGAGAGUCUGUGCAGAUGUUUUUGGAUGCAAUGUGUACAUCGCAUCGAGACCAGAUUCGGCUUCUCUUGGGGCUGCAUUGCGCGCAGCCCAUGGACAUCGCUUAAGGACGGACAAAACCUUCACCUUUGCCUCACUUUUGAAAGAAGCAUCAGAGGACUCAGCAACUCAGCUAUCACUAGCUACCACGGCUGGUGCCUCGGAAUUGCAUGGCUCCUAUGAUUCGCUAGCGGAGAAAAAGCUCAUGUGCGAGAAGCUACUCCUCCAACUAUCCUUAGCUCAAUCUAUACCGAUCGACUAGAUCAAGAAAGUUUUGCAUCUUUUGGGCGUCUCACAUCUCUCGUAUGCGAGUUGUAAUCUUUAGCAGGAACCAUGCUAAGGCUCAAGUACAUUUGUUGGCCUCGGUGUCCAUGUAGAUAGAUAUUCAUCAUGCCGCCUGCUGGCCGAUGUAUUAUGGCACGGUAUAUGUUCGUAGCAACACACCUAGCUUCGCACAGGUUCGAUCGAAAUUAAGGCAGGAGCGAAUUAUAGUUGAAGUUAAACCUCAUGCUCAUCUGUGAAAACUUAGCGGAACAAAGUUUCCUGCAACUUCGUUCGUAUGUACCUAUCUCCCCUACCUACACAAGCUAUAGAGAGGGAAAUGUUGUAUCAUGCAUACACCUAAUCAUUUCGACAGCGUUUUGAGUGUGUAGUAGGACAAGACUCCACAGCUCGUUCAUCAUGCCUGCUUUUGUAAGGAGAACGUGCAAACACGUAAUCCAGAAUCAAAUUCGAUUCACGAUAUCAAAAUUUUCAAAACUUGGAGUCACUGCUCUGAGAAUACAGAUGACUUUCUUUUAGACACU